AUGUGCUCCGUUCACUUUAUCACUUCUUCCUUCAACUCUACCAGCAUCAAUGCUGACGCUCGAUCUAUUUCUCCCAAUUUCAUCCUGCCUCUUUCAUUUCCCCUCGAAGUUUGCAGCAAUGGCGAUUCAGCCCGUCCUACUCCAUCCUCACAUGGGACAGAUGGUCGAUCUAAUAACUGUUCAGAUACUUUCAAGGCCGAAGUGACUAUAGAGGGUGGUCACCUACCUAAGGGCGAAGACCUCGUUAUCAAUGACCGUCAUCUUGCAGUCCCAUCCCUUAAAUUGUUUGAUUUCCUGGCUCACAUACCUCUGUGUGCAUUCACGACUCACUCUGCGGACGUCUUCCUUCACAUCCUAAAGGGAAGUCCACAUGCACAAGAGUUCAAAAUCGUCGCUGUCAAGCGCUUCAUAUUGAAAAAUGCCACACGGCAUCGGUGUCUUGUACUACUGAUUGCUCGAGACGGGAUGCCAGCCUUCAGCCUCCGGAUUGACCGCUCUCGUGAUCAUACGCUCUCAUUGCUUCAAUUUGUCCUGCGCCAUGGAAAAUCGGAUGCGGUGGACACUGUGACGGUGUCUAGGACCACGCAUCUGCUCUAUGACAGGAGGUCAAAGGAGGAAGCAACGCUAGAGCUACCGCUGCCAGUCUCACUCCUCGAGUUUAUGAGAACCCUUGAGGUUGUGUUGGAUGAAUGCCAUUCAUAUAGACUCUUCGGGGAGAACUGCUGGUUUGUCACCUCGAUUCUUGAAGAGUUGUUGGUGGAUAUGUUUGGUGCUCGCUACGCAGUGGGUGAAGCGACGCAUCUGCAUUUUGCUGGAAAGACGCGUACUAGGAUUCGGAACAGGCUUGGGCUUGUGGAGAACGUCUAG